AUGGUUCAGUGGAUAAAGGAAAACGCUGUGCAAACUCACGAAGAUAUAGAACCUCACAUUCGAGAUUUACAGGCGAAAAAGAAAGAGAUGAACGCGGAAGCGGCAAAGGAGAAGGAGGCAGAUUUGGCCGACAGUGGGGACUUCGAUAGCGAACCUUAUGAUGGCGGUGAGAGCGGCAGUAAAUUCGAGGGCUAUGUUACAUCGAUCGCUCCAAAUGACGAUACUGACAACGAGGAGGACGAAGGCAUGCCCAUCGGACGGAACAAUCGUCCAAUGGGCUACACGGCACCAACGGCACUGCUGAACGAGAUGGCACAGGGCGAGGAUUACGAUCCGUUUGCAGAACGACGAAAACCUACGGUUGCAGAAAAAGAGGAUGAAUAUCGUCAAAAGCGUAGACAUUUGGUCAUUUCGCCUGAGCGAGUGGACCCGUUUGCAGAUGGAGGUGAAACGUCUGAUGUUGGAGCUCGUUCGUAUACGCAAAUUAUGCGCGAGCAGACGCUGAAAGGCGAAGAAGCGGAGCUGCGCAAAAAAAUCCAAGAAAAGGCCAAGGAUGGAUCGUUGAAGAUUAGCAAGACAGAACAGGUGGCAAAACCGGCUCCGGUUGAAGCGAAGAAGCGUGGCCACUGGGAUGUGCAAUUCGUAGCACUAAAGAAGCUUGCCGUAGCGGCGACUCCAACCUGGGAUGCUGAGAAAACUCCGGCUGACCGUCGCUGGGACGAAACUCCCGGACAUAAAGGCAGCGAGACACCCGCAGAGAAGUCGACCCGUCGCAAUCGGUGGGAUGAACCGCCGAAAACCGACCGUGAAACACCCGGCCACUCGUGGGCGGAAACACCCCGUGCCGAGCGCGUCUCCAGCGAUGGUGUGCUGCUCGAUGCCACCACGCCCGCCUCGAAGCGCCGUUCCCGGUGGGAUGAAACGCCGUCCAAUGCAACUCCGUCGGCCAUGACACUAACACCGCACGGCACGACGCCUGUCGGGCUGAAGGCAAUGAAGAUGGCAACACCAACACCGGGCCAUCUCACUUGGAUGGAACAACUGCAGGCAUACCGCUGGGAGAAGGUCAUCGACGAACGCAACAAACCGUUCACAGACGAGGAGCUGGAUGCAAUGUUCCCGGCCGUGUACAAAGUAUUGCCUCCGCAAGCCGGUUACAUUCCCAUUCGGACGCCAGCCCGUGAGCUAAAUGCCACACCGACACCGAAUGCUGGCACACAGCCCGCCUUUUUCGUCCAAACGCAGCACAAAUCGGCCAAGGUCGUGGAUAACCAGCCGAAGGGAAAUCUGCCCUUCAUGAAGCCGGAAGACGCGCAGUACUUCGACCAGCUGCUGGUCGAGGUGGACGAAGAUGCGCUCAGUCCGGAGGAGCAGAAGGAGCGCCGAAUCGCGAAGCUUUUGCUCAAGAUCAAGAACGGUAAUGGAUCGAUGCGCAGGGCGGCACUGCGCCAGAUUUCGGACAAAGCGCGCGAGUUCGGUGCGGGACCACUGUUUAAUCAGAUCCUGCCGCUGCUGAUGAGUCCCACGCUCCAGGACCAGGAGCGGCAUCUGCUGGUGAAGGUGAUCGAUCGCAUACUGUACAGGCUGGAGGAUUUGGUCCGCCCGUACGUGCACAAGAUUCUGGUCGUGAUCGAACCGCUGCUGAUCGACGAUGAUUACUACGCGCGCGUGGAAGGUCGCGAGAUCAUUUCCAACCUGGCAAAAGCGGCCGGGCUGGCUACGAUGAUUUCGACGAUGUGCCCGGACAUCGACAGCAUCGACGAGUAUGUGCGUAAUACGACGGCCCGUGCAUUUGCGGUCGUUGCGUCCGCGCUAGGCAUUCCGGCGCUGAUGCCGUUCCUGAAGGCGGUCUGCAAGAGCAAGAAAUCGUGGCAGGCGCGUCACACCGGCGUCAAGAUCGUGCAGCAGAUAGCCAUUCUCAUGGGCUGUGCGAUACUUCCGCAUCUGAAGUCGCUGGUCGAAUUCAUCGAACACGGAUUGGUGGACGUGCAACAGAAGGUGCGCACCAUUACGGCACUCGCGUUGUCUGCGCUGGCCGAGGCCGCCACACCGUACGGCAUCGAAUCGUUCGAUUCGGUGCUGAAGCCGCUGUGGAAGGGCAUCCGGACGCAUCGGAGCAAGGGUUUGGCGGCGUUCCUGAAAGCCAUCGGAUAUCUGAUCCCGCUGAUGGAUGCGGAGCACGCGAGCUAUUACACGCGCGAGAUGAUGCUCAUUCUGAUCCGCGAGUUCCAAUCGCCGGACGAGGAGAUGAAGAAGAUUGUGCUGCAGGUGGUGAAGCAGUGCUGCGCGACGGACGGUGUCGAGGCGCAGUACAUCAAGGAGGAGCUGUUGCCGCACUUCUUCAAUCGCUUCUGGAACCAAUGGACGGCGCCGAACCGACGCAACUACCGGCAGCUGAUCGACACGACCGUCGAGAUCGCGAACAAGGUCGGUGCGUCCGAGAUCAUCGAGCGCGUGGUGGACGACCUGAAGGGCGAGAACGAACAGUGCCGCAAGAUGGUGAUGGAAACGAUCGAGAAGAUUAUGGCGAACCUCGGUGCGGCCGACAUCGAUUCGCGUCUGGAGGCGCAGCUGAUCGACGGCAUACUGUACGCGUUCCAGUCACAAACGACCGAGGAGGCGGUGAUGCUGAACGGGUUCGGCACCGUUGUGAACCAGCUGGGCAAGCGCGUCAAGCCAUACCUGCCACAGAUCUGCGGUACCAUCCUGUGGCGGCUGAACAACAAAUCGACCAAGGUACGUGAGCAGGCCGCCGAUCUGAUCGCGCGCAUUGCCGCGGUGAUGAAGACGUGCGGGGAGGAGAAGCUGCUGGGCCAUCUCGGGGUGGUGCUGUACGAGUACCUCGGCGAGGAGUACCCGGAGGUGCUCGGUUCGAUUCUGGGCGCGCUGAAGGCAAUCGUGAACGUGAUCGGUAUGACGAACAUGACACCACCGAUCAAGGAUCUGCUGCCCCGGCUGACACCCAUCCUGAAGAACCGGCACGAGAAGGUGCAGGAGAACUGUGUCGAUCUGGUGGGCCGCAUCGCGGAUCGUGGGCCAGAGUACGUGUCGGCCCGCGAGUGGUUGCGCAUCUGCUUCGAGCUGCUCGAGCUGCUGAGGGCGCACAAGAAGGCGAUCCGGCGCGCCACGGUGAACACGUUCGGCUACAUCGCCAAGACAAUCGGGCCGCACGAUGUGGUCGCUACGCUGCUGAACAACCUGAAGGUGCAGGAGCGUCAGAACCGUCUCUGCACGACCGUCGCCAUCGCAGUUGUGGCGGAAACGUGCCGCCCGUUCACCGUGCUGCCCGCGCUCAUGAACGAGUAUCGCAUGCCGGAACUGAACGUGCAGAACGGUGUGCUCAAGUCGCUGUCCUUCCUGUUCGAGUACAUCGGCGAGAUGGGCAAGGAUUACAUCUACGCCGUCUGUCCGCUGCUGGAGCACGCACUGUUGAGUCGCGAUGUCGUCCACCGCCAGACGGCCUUGACCGCGAUCAAGCACUUGUCGCUCGGUGUGUAUGGAUUCGGGUGUGAGGAUGCGCUCAUCCAUCUGCUGAACUACGCGUGGCCGAACAUCUUCGAAACCUCGCCCCAUAUGAUGCGGGCGUUCACGGACGCGAUCGAGGGACUGCGGGUAGCGCUCGGUCCGAUUAAGAUACUGCAGUACACGCUGCAGGGAUUGUUCCACCCGUCCCGGAAGGUGCGCGAGAUGUACUGGAAGAUUUAUAACACCCUGUACAUCAGCGCCCAGGAUGCACUGAUCGCGGGCUAUCCACGCAUCACGAACGAUCCCCGAAACCAAUACGUUCGCUAUGAGCUGGAGUACAAUCUAUAG